ACCGCCACAUUACUCGAGCAUUCAAACUAUUUCAAAGCCUGAAGCGUCACCGUCGGUAUAGAAAAUUUUUAAAAAUUAAAACUUUUGCUGCAGCAGAGUGGCGGUUGCUGGCGGCAGUAGCAGCGGCUGCCGGGAGAGAUGGGGAAUCCAAAGCAGAAGUGGACGGCAGAGGAAGAAGAAGCGUUGAGAGCGGGGGUAGCCAAAUACGGCAAAGGGAAUUGGAAACUAAUACAAAGAGACCCCGAGUUAAGCCCUUUCCUCUUUGCUCGCUCCAACAUUGAUCUCAAGGACAAGUGGCGGAAUUUGAGUGGUGGACCUGGAGGUCAUGGUUCUCGGGAAAAAUCAAGGACGUCCAAGCCCAAGCCGAACUCCGCCGGUCCGCAGAGCUCUGUUGUUGUUAAGCAAACUGCAUUGCCUAAACCACUCAUUGAUGAUUCUUCAAGAAGCUUUGCUCCUAGUCCUAACCGGUACAAUGAAUUGAUUAUCGAAGCUGUAUCAGCGUUGAAAGAGCCAAAUGGAUCAGAUAACAGAGCAAUAGUCGGCUACAUUGAGCAAAGGCAAGAGGUACCUCAAAGUUUUAAGAAGCAGUUAUGUUCAAGGUUGAAAAGGCUGGUUGCUUUAGAAAAACUAGAAAAGGUGCACAAUCGGUACAAGAUAAGAAAAUAUGAAACUUUCGGGACAAAAUCACCUAUCCCAAAACAGAAAGGCAAGCAGCCCAAGCAGUUGCAAGACACCGGUCGUAUAAUUUGUGAUGCAGUUGAAGAAGCUUCAGUAACUGCUGCCUAUCUCAUUGCUGAAGCAGAAAAUAAGUCGUUUCUUGCAGCUGAAGCAGUUAAAGAAGCAGAAAGAGUCUCGAAAAUGGCUGAAGAUACAGAUUCACUGCUACAAUUGGCCAAAGAGAUUUUUGAAACAUGUUCCCAAGGUGAAAUUGUGCUCAUUGUAUAGAAGAUGACAUAGAUGACCCCUUCAAUUAGAACAUGUUAGUGUUGUUUUCUCUUGUUUCUUUCCGGAUUUGAAUUGACUAAUUUGUAUGACUAUUAACUCGGGUGUAUGAAUAUUUAUUACUUGAUAUUGUUUUAGAAUAUGUAUAAAGUUAUUAACAAG